GAGUCCAAGUGGAAAUGCUGACAACGGCAUUGACCCUAACUUCUUGAACCUAACAAGGGGGAGUCUUGGCCUCUGCCCCUCACCGCCUCCCCCUCGGCGCAGUCCCAAGCCUUUCUAUCGUCCCGCCGUCCAGCAUCUGUGUCUCAACCCCUUGUCUCGCCCCGCCCGGCCGCCUUGCCUCCUCUAGCCCGGCUCCGCCUGUUCCGCUGCAUCUGUCCACCGCCUAUUGCCUUGCCAACAUCAACGCUAUCAUAACAACCGCUCAUCUCCGAUCGAUGCGACAAAAGAAGAAGUGUGUUUAGCGAUGAUGCCUCCCAAGUCAUCUACGUGUAUUCAAAGCGUCCAGAAGCUGUUCGAAGAAACGCUUUAGAGAGGUACCACAUGAACGGAGCACCACCACCUAGCGCUCCGCGCCGCCAGUAAGGAUUUCAGUGUCUGUCAUUUCUGUCCCGUGCUCUCCAGUAACUGAACUGCUAGUCGUCUGCAAAUAGUAGUGUCCGUGAUCUGGCAACGGCCUGCUACGUAUCAUCAGGGCAGGGUAAUGCUUCGGCUCUUCUUCUCGAGAGCUGCCCAACGGCAGAAUGCACUGUGCUUUCUGAAUCCCCCACAUAGAGGGAUACACAGCAGGAACAAGAAGGCGAUGGAGUUGGUGGCAAAGGGGUGGAGCGCUCUGCAGGAAGUUGAUCGUGUAAUCGACUAUACUGAACUCAAUGACCCUCGUCUCAUCCCUCUUCUCAGAACUGCAAAGGAGAACUUUGAGUUGGCUUUGGAGGUCGACAACAUGAAUACUCAUGCAAGAUACUGGCUGGCGAAAAUGCAUUUCAAAUAUCAUGUCCCUGGGGCUUGCAAAGCCAUGUUGGUUAUUAACUUCUCUGUUUGUUUUGGGGCUGCGUUACUAGUGGAAGCUGCAAACAUGGGUGAUCCAGAUGCACAGUAUGAACUUGGAUGUCGUCUACGAGUUGAGAAUGACCUUGUCCAGUCAGAUCAACAAGCUUUCUAUUAUUUGGAGAAGGCUGUUGACCAGUUGCAUCCAGGUGCUCUAUAUCUUCUAGGUGCUGUAUAUUUGACUGGGGAUUGUGUGAAGAAAGAUGUUGCUUCUGCAAUAUGGUGUUUCCAUAGAGCAUCAGAAAAGGGCCAUGCUGCAGCAGCGAUUGCAUAUGGGUCACUUCUUCUAACAGGUGCUGACGUCCCAGAAGCUAUCACUAGAUUUAACUCAGGUAGGAGCCCCUCUACCGGAGGGAUGAGGAAGAAAAGGGAGAGACUUCACCAGGACCCAGUUGAAUUGGCCAAAGAGCAGUUUCAGGUUGCAGCUGAUGCAGGGUGUGUCCUUGGUUUGCAGUGGUUGAAAAGGCUCGCAGAUAGUGAGAAACUUCAGCUACAGGAGGCGACCCAGUGACGGGCUUGCCUGUAUGUAAAUAAAUACGACUUCGACGCCACAGCCAUGACAAAGUGUGGGACAACCCUUUCAUGCACCUUGCAGCACUUGAACCGGGAUUGUUUGGCCAUACCCAUUGAUUUCUGUUGGAGCGUUGAACUCAUUUGGUGAUGCUCUUAAUUCUGCUGCUACAUGUAGGCCUGAUUCUUAUUUAAGCCUAGCCGGCAAGGAUAUAUUUCGUUGUUGAAGAAAUCCAGACAUUGUGAGGAUAUAAUUUGAUUUCCUGGAAUUGCCAUAUUUCUAUCCUUAAUUCUAUGUUUAUUUGCAGUGCAA